AUGUCUUUGGAGCUCUCAUUCGCAGAGGACUAUGCUUUCGUUUUUCAGCAGCAAAUUCGAUCUUUCAGGGAAAAACUGGUUUUGGAAUCCAAGAUUCGAGCAAGACAGGAGGAUAGGAUCAGUGAAUUACCAAAUGCUGUUCUUUGUCACAUACUUUCCUUUGUUCCAACAACAAAACAUGUUGUGAGAACCAGUGUUUUAUCUACAAGGUGGAAGAACAUUUGGGCUUAUGUUCCGAAUUUGUACCUGGAUGAUGACGAGUUCUCCUCAUCUGCUGAUUUUAUAGCUUUUGUUGAUUGUGUACUUCUUGUUCGUGACUCAUCCGCCAUUCAAAGAUUCCAUCUUCAUUUCAAUAAUUGCCAUGCUGAGCAUUUUUCUCGAAUUGAUGGUUGGAUUAGUACUGCCGUCAGGUACAAUGUGGUGGAACUAGAUCUUUCUAUCGAUUUAGAAGAAGACGAUAUGUUUGAGUUGCCUAUAAGCCUUUUGACUUGCAAGACACUGAAGGUUUUGAGCCUGAGGUCGAUGUUUGCCAUCAAUAUGCCUACAUCAGUGUGUGUUACUGUUUUCCAAGCCUGGAAUGGAGAUCUGGGACACAGCUUAUUGGACUUCAACAUCUCUGCGCCUGAGUUGAAGACAUUAAGGAUAGAUUUGUACAGUUCAGAUUAUAUGCAUGAUCUGUACAAUUUUUUUAUUGAUGCCCCGAAGCUGGAAAAACUUGAUCUCCAAGAGGGUUCUCUACCGAAUUUUAAUUUUAACAACACAAAAUCAUUAGUCGAAGCCAAUCUCUAUUUAUAUCCCAAUGAAGAUUAUGUAGAAGAGGACUCUGUUAAACGUGCAACUGAGUUUCUGGCACAAAUUUCAACUGAUUUCAUGGAGCAUUUAUCAGCUAUAGAUGGAUCUCUAGAAGUCAAUGGCUUUGAUUUCACCAUCUCUGAGCCUGAUUUGAAGAAAUUAAGCAUUUAA